UAAAACGGAAGUGACGGAUUGUUUUGUACGUCGGAUAAACUUGUUCGCAGAUUUAGCCUUCAGCUAACGCACUGACGGUCCUUUACAGCAUUUCUUUGUUUAAAUUAAGCUGUUAAAAAUGCCGUGUGGAAAAAACUUUAGGAAGAGAAAAGAUUCGUCAGAUUUAGAGGAAGGAGAAGAGACGACAACAGAAGUCAGAUUAAAAGUGGAAGAGGCGAAAGAGCUCCAGAGUUUGCGGAGAAGACAGAAGGGAGUCAGUGUGAGUGCCUUGUUGGUUGGAGAGAAACUUCCACCAGAGGCUGAACUUGAUAAUGAUCCUUUUAAACUGAAGACCGGUGGGGUUGUAGACAUGAAGAAAAUCAAAGACAGGAAUCGAGACAUGACAGAUGAUGAGACUGAACUCAACUUGGGUUCAUCUUUUUCAGCUGAAACCAACAGAAGAGAUGAGGAUGCAGACAUGAUGAAAUACAUCGAGACAGAGCUAAAAAAGAAGAAAGGAUUGGAGGAAGCUGAAGAACAGAAAGUAAAGGUGAAAAAUGCUGAAGACCACCUGUAUGAGCUGCCUGAGAACAUCAGAGUUAACUCCGCCAAGAAGACUGAGGAGAUGUUGUCCAAUCAGAUGCUGAGCGGUAUCCCAGAGGUUGAUCUGGGCAUCGAGUAUGUAACAAGGAAAAAUCUCAACAUGAUCACAUCUUUAAAAAAAGCAGUGUGUGUUUUAAGGCAUGUUAGUCAUUUUUACGUCUUACAGAAUUGUUCAAUGUUUAAUGAUAAUUUAAUUUACAGUGCAAAGAUAAAAAAUAUAAUCCAGACAGAGGAAGCAAAAGCCAAGCUGUUGGCAGAGCAGAGAAACAAGAAAAAAGACCUCAGCACGUCAUUUGUACCAACCAACAUCGCCGUCAACUAUGUCCAGCACAAUCGAUUCUAUCAUGAGGAUGCAAAUGCACCCCAGAGGCACCACAGACACAGAGACGAGCCCAAAGCCAGGCCGCUACGUGUGGGCGACACUGAGAAACCAGGUCCAGAGGCACCACCGUCGCCACCAAACUACCGCAAACGUCCAAACAACGAGAAGGCCACAGAUGACUACCACUACGAAAAAUUCAAGAAGAUGAAUCGCCGUUAUUGAGGACUUGGAUUUGUAAUAAAUAUUGACUCAAACCCAUCUAAUCUGAGCCAUCACA